UCAUAACCGUAAUACAACAACAAAAGAAAUAAUAAUUGUAAAAAUAUAGAUCACACAUUAUUUAUGAUGAAAAUGCAAAUGGCAUGAAUUCAGAUACAUUUUAUUUAGGGUAUAAUAGCUUAUAAUCACAAGAGUAUAAUAAAGUAUAGGUAUUAGGUACUCCCCUCAUCUUUAGUCAGAAAUCUGAAACACCAUAAAAUGGACGUGGAGUCAAAGAUUAAAGAAGAUAUGUCCUCUCUUGGAUGUAAAUCUGAAAAGAAGAUAUCGCUUGCUUAUCAUUUGUACAUGUAUUUGAUCGACGAAAAACUCAUGUACGACUGUGAAUAUUGUUACAAUAGAGACAUAGAAACGCUUUAUGUUGUCGCCAGAAGAAAUAAAAAUGACAAACUGAACAUAUACGUGCCAGUUGCUACGCACGACGAUGUCACAAUGCAUUUAAUAAAUGAAUUACAGGUAAAUCUGUGUACAGUAGAAACGGGACCUAUGAUAAAUUUAGCAUUCAUAGACGGAGACUUUACCACUGUGAUAUAUAGUUUUAUAAAAGGCAUUGUUGCUAGAACCAAUUCAGAGAAGCAAAAUAAACGCGAAGAAAAGAGAUCUUUCAUAAAUAAUGAACUAAAGAAAAAGAGAAAUGAAAUUUUGAAUGAGGCUUUGAACGGUGUUGUUGUCGAUGACUGAAUGAGAACUGUAAAUUGUGAACUGUUUGCCUAAGUCCAUUUAUUAAGUGCUGAUUAUUGAGUGCUGAAGAUCAGCUCAUGUAAAGUCUAUUAAACGCAAAUUAACAAAGACCUGAAUUUUUUGUCAGCAAUAUCCUAAUACUAAAACUUAACAGCUUAUAUUCUUGAAAAUAAUAGAAGUGAAUAUGAAUAUAAUAAAUUGAAGACUAUCCAAACUUGAAAUGGUUAAUGGCAUUCUUUAUUGUACACACACAGUUAAAACAAUAUAAUAAUUGCGAAAAGUUAAAAAAAUGGCAAGCUUAACUCAACAAUUGAGCUAUCUACCAGUUAAUCGUUCUUAAAGAGAGUGAGCUUUACAUAGGUGGGUAGAAAAGUACAAUCUAAUCAAUUUACUUAUUGAUACAGUACACAAUAACAAUAAUAGUAACAAUAAUA